AAUGGCUGCAGUAAUAGUAUUGGUGUUAACUUCCUUAAAUUUACAGGGCGUAUCUGCCAGUCAGUGUUGCGUGUGGUAGAAGAACAAAUAAGAGCAUCAACACGAAGCACACAGCAAGUGCAGCAUCUGCUCAGCUGUCUCAGUUGUUCCACAAUGUCCUCACAUAUUUAUGCCAAACCAGAUUUGUCAAAAAAGGUGAGAUACACCAGAAAGGAGCGAGAAGGCGGAGAAGAAUGGGAAGAGAAAGUGAACAUCUAUGAGACUGCAGGUGAUGUUGUGGAUAAUCGGACUAAUUUUCAAGCACAGGAUGGAGCACCACAGACUCCAAAGCAUCCUACAGUCCAGAGAGGGCUUGUGGGAGGUGCCGUGCUGUGUUUGGUGAUGUUAGCUGGGAUCAUGACUCUGUCCAUAUACAUAUCUUUGAAAAUAGGUGAACUAAGCAACAGUAACAGUCAGCUGAAGGCCAAACUUGCAGAGAGCUGCUGUUCUGAUGGAUGGAUAAGAUUUGGACACAGCUGUUACUUUAUAUCUACUGAGAGGAAAACCUGGACAGAAAGCAGGAACUACUGUCAGGAAAGAGGAGCUGAUCUGGUGAUCAUAAACAGCAAAGAGGAACAGGAAUUUCUUAGCAAACUGAGUUCAUGGUUCUGGAUCGGUCUUGAAUGGACAGGACGUGGAUGGAAAUGGUUGGACGGAUCUCCACUGACAGAAACGUUCUGGGAAGUUGGAGGGCUGGACAGUAACAACACUUUUAACCAUGUGUACUGUAAUAAUCGGGGGAAAUGGGUAGCAAUAAAUUCAGGUAAUAUAGUGAUUUGGAUCUGUGAGAAAACAUCUUCCAUCAUUCUGUGAUAUAAGUGGGUGUGCAGUGAUUAAACUGUCAAAUGUGAUCCCAAAAAAUAUUACAAAAAGGUUUUCUUUGUUGUAAAUUUGUGUCACUCAUAAUCUACAUAUAUCGUCCCUCUGUAAUCUAAUAUAUAGACAGAGUAGUGAAGGUGGAAGUCAUCCAUACAACAACAACAACAUAUAAACUUUGUUCCACUCAUUUAUUGUAAAACAAGGAAAACUGCAGCCUCUCUUUACUUUGUUUACUUGCUUGAUUUAUGAUGUUUUUCUUGCUAAAUCUACAGUCAGUAUCAUCUUUAAUUUAUCUGGCACACAUGAAGGUAGCAGCUGAAGAUUUUAACAAGAAGAAAAAUCCUCAAUCUUAGUUGUUUUAAUCUGGAUUGUGUGAAUAACUGCAGACUGAUCAAUGAAGGAGAACUUUCC